CGAACCCUCUGGUGCUGCAGACCCGUAGCGAUGUCUGCUCCCUCGCUGUCUAGGUCUGCCUCUGAGGGUCUUCGUCGACGAACAUCGACGCUUUUCGAACCGCUGCAGCAUCACAUCUUCAUCUUUCUUCCUCCUAUUCUGUACCUCGUCUCUGUAUCUGUCGAAUGGAGCAUCCUGCUACUUCAAUACGCUCUGAGCAGGCUUCAAUCGUACUCAGGCCUGCUGUUGGGCAGGAUACUGCCGGUGCUGGAAGAACUGCUCUUGAGUGCCGCUCAGGAUGUAGUAGGAAAGCAUGCACUCGCAUUGCUCGGUGUCGAGGUCCACCGUCGCUCCGUGAGCGUCAAAACGGAGCUCAACUCAAGACCCGACGAACACACGACUUCCACUUCUCAAGGGACGAGCAGCGCAGGCUCCGAGGUUUCGCCAUUCAGCCUCUCUCGAGCCUGGUGGGAUUCCUCUCAAGGUUCUCUAUACGUCCUGUGCAGCGCACCAAGCAGCACCUCUCAACUCUUCUCUCUUCGUCUAGCCCUGACAUUGGCAGCGCGCAAGAACGAUAGCGUCAUCAUCGUACUGCCCGAUCAACCCUUGAUGGGCGAUGAGGUGGGAUUGGAGAAAGUGUAUGCCAGCUGGGCCGAUGUUAGAAAGGGAUCGCUUGGCAGGAGCCAGAGGGGGGAGGCUCCGGAGCUGGGAAUGGGCGUGCGCAGGGGGAAAAAGAGGAGAUUUAGCCCGGCCUCUUCUUGGACGGCUAGGAUCGGUUUGGAUACCCCUCCGAGGGAUGUAGGAGCGGUCAUUCCCGUUACGGCAUCCGUAACGUCCCACAUCGGAUUGGAACGCGCAUCCUCGACCGUCUCGUCUUACGCCACUUCUCACCAUCUGCUUCUCAAGGCCUUGAUACUCAUUCCUCCAGGCUCAUCACCUGAUCCCCACGCUUACGAUGGAGCAGUGCAAGAUGUAGAAGCGCUUAGUAAUUUUCACGCGGCGCUCGAGUCUCUCUUAUCCAGGGAUGGGGGAACAUGCAUCUCGCUCUCUCCUUGCUCUCCUCCUGCCGAACCCACCAACGCGCUCUUCUCGCAAAUACCUCGCGUCAUUUGUCGCACGCCGCUCGCACAUCCUCCGAGAACGCUGCGCGGCACCCUCUCCGCGCUGCUCUUUUCGACGUGGGAGAGAAGCAAAUGGAGAGGAUUGGGAGCUAUGGCUAGAGAAGAAAGUCUCUCUGCCUCCUUCUCCUCCUUCUUGGCCGUCUCGCGAGAAGCUCAAAGAGCCACAAAGGACGUUUUCAGCGCGCAUGAAGAGCGUCGCACGCCGCCGCCGCCUGUUCCUAGAGCCCUGAUAGCGUCCAUCUUGCGCUGUUUGAGUUUCGCAAAUGUUGGCGCAAAGAGGGGAUGGAUAUGUUUGUGGGAGGAAAGAAGGGCGCGCAUUCAUCUAGCGCAGAAAGGCUUGUUGCCCUCCAUCUUGGCUUCUUACGCACUCUGCUUGGACCUUUUGGCCAUGCUUGACCUCAUCCAUUUGUCUGAAGAGGGACAAGAAAACAAGGGACAGGAAGCGCGAGAAUCAGAUUCGAAAGAUGGCGAUGCUGCUGCUGCUGCCCCUGCAAACUCGAAAGUGAGCAGCAUGAAGUGGCCCAGAAGAGAGGAGAGUAGAGAGUUGCGGCUUGGGAUGGUCACUUGCGCAGGUAUCGGACCUAGACUUUUACGCCUGCCCAUGGGCAUCGGUGCAAGACUUGAGCGGAUCUUACUGCUGCUUGAAGAUCGGCAGACUUGUAUAGAGCCUCGUGGGCCUUGAUCGACAACACUUCUUCAUCAUUCAAUUCCUCCUCAUAGGCUUAACGUUUCGCGACUAUCCCUAACCCUAAGCAUUGCGAAUUCUUGUACACGUACCCUUGUGCCAUUGGAAUGGGAUCAUGCUGUCUGCGG